GUAAUUUGUAUAUCUUUACAGAGGUUUAUAGCGCUGAUGCUUGAGCUGGUGUGGCUAUAUCAUGGCCAGCAAGCUCCUGUUAAGGCAGAAAAGAUGGAAGAGCUGCUCGCUGGAGCGCUUUCCGUCCAGGACAGUCGCCUCGCACCUCUCGUCACCGCCAUGACUGUCGAGAUCAAAGGUAUGAAGUUCGUCAAGAUCUACAACCUCGUGCGGGAAGUUCCAGUAUCUCGCCACCGUUAUUUUCUCUCGAAUUUGUUGCUCUCGAUCUACUCACCCGCGAGCAGCAACAACAACAACAAUGAAUCCGUGCCCGUUGUUAUGGGCGUGGGACUCAGUGUCCUACAAAACAUGAUUAAAGUUCUUUCUGACGAAUGCUGUGCCUGCCGUGAUUCCACACGCGGCGAAGGGACCAUGUCGGUAAAUGGGGAGGCAAAUUGCUGCACUGGUCGCCAGGUUGACCUCAAUCACAGGGAGAAAGUCUCUGUGCUAUUUCAAAAAAUCAUGUCGUACAUUCAAUUCACAGGAGCCAUUCAUGUCGUGAGACGAGCCACAAUCGAAAGUCUCAAGAGGAAAAAGUUAUCCGCUAAUCAUGACAGAAGAGGGAAUUCUCUUUCAGAGAAUGAUUGUUCUUUCGGUUCUAGAAGCAGUAGUUGCUCUUCUGAUUGCCAAGAUCCUCCACAACUCGCUGAUGAGAUUUUCUAUGAUGUUUAUGGUAGAGCUCUCGCUAAGGAUUAUUUGACCGCGUGCACUGCGCGAUUUUCUUCAGAUCGCAAAAUGAUGACCGGUAAACAGCGUACAUUUAGUGAACUCUUGGAGUGUUGUGAACACAUUUUCAUGUUGAAGAUGCCUCUUGUUCUUCUGUACUUCAAAAUUUAGUCAUGGAAUUAGUGAAUAACGGAAAUUUAGUGCAUAACGUUACCAUUAAUUUUAUUAUUUCAUGAGCAUAGGAUCUGAUAUUGUUCAUUCCUAAUCUUAGUUUUGUUAUAUUUUUGCCCUUGUAGUUGCCGCUCUUUUGCAAGGGUUCGAUGUAUUAAUAUUUACCAGCCAAUCAUUUUCGUCUUAAUACUACUUAUUUAGCAUACAUUCUUCAUUGUAUAUUUUAGGUUUAUGUUACUGAAAGUGAAAGGUCAGUUUAAUUUUAAUGCUGGUUCUAAACUUUUAGUUAGUUAUGCAUUUAGAAAAACAGUUUUGUGCAUGAUUGCAAACUUUAAAUCGUUUGUCCGUUAUUUUCGUUCCUCGACUAGUCACAAGCCUGUAUUGGUACUGUAAUACUCUAAUUUUCUUUAGAACCUAAUAAGAACAGUCAAGUUAUUUUUCAAACUGCGUUUAAUUGUUUUCCACUCUUCCUGCUUGCUUGUUGAGAAAUGUUCGGAAAAAAGCUGAAACUUGUUAAUUGUGCUGAUUGCUGUACUUGUUUUGAAUAGUUCUUUUCGAUCUUAAUGUAUCAAUUUAUAAUAGCG